AUGGCUCUUAUUCACCCGAGUUCAUGUGAGUGCUUACAUUCUGGAUUGGAUUUAUUUAGUACACCCCCGACACAAACUGCCGUCGAGGAGGGUCAAUUUGUUGAAAUACAUCCCCUGGCGUCCUUGGCACAAGGUGCACCUAUAGAAUUUGCCAUUUCUGGCAACAGUGAAGAUUAUCUCGAUUUGUUUAAUACUUAUUUACACGUGCGCGCUAAAGUGACUUUAGCGAAUGGUGAUUCAAUACCGCCUGACGUUGAUGUCGCAGCCGUCAAUUAUUUUUUGCACAGUUUAUUUUCACAAGUGGAUAUGUCUCUAAACGAUACGCUAAUUACUGCUAGUGAGAACACCUAUCCGUAUCGCGCCUAUCUGGAAGCUACGUUAAAUCACGGGGAAGAGGCCAAGAAUGGGUCUCUAUCGGCCGCUCUUUAUGCGAGGGACUUAGCCUGUUAUUUCGAGGAAUUCAAAGAUGACAAUAAUGAAGGGUAUAGGAUUCGCCGCACCACCGCUGCUAAAAGUCAUGAGAUCGAUAUGAUGGGACGUAUACACUCUGACAUUUUCGCUCAAGAUCGGUAUAUGCUGAAUGGUGUUGACAUUAAAAUUAAACUUACACCCGCAAAAGACAGUUUCACUCUCUUGACAGCAGAACCAAACAAGGGCGUUGAUGGUCGCUCGUUAUCGGGAAAACCACUGGUCAUGGACUUUGACAAGAAACAAGCCAUUAGAGCGUUUUUCAAUAGUAACCUCGCUCUUGGUAUGGUUGGAAAAGAUGCUGGGAAUGGGAUAGAUUAUAAAAACUUUAAGAACGGGUAUACCCUGUUUGCUUUUGAUUUAAGCCCUAGUCUUUUGGAUGGUGAACAAUUUGAAUUGGCUAAAUCCGGACCUGUUUCUAUUGAACUUAAAUUUUCACAAGUUACAGCUGACCCGAUUCAAGUUAUUGUGUAUGCUGAACUUGAUUCGGUGUUAGAAAUUUCGAAAACGAGGCAAGUGCUGACAGAUUACACCGCCUAA